UGCAUACAGUCUGAUACCCGAGGACGCUGUGAAAUGAACAAACAAAUUCUGCGCCUGUGCUACUUUGAAGUAUUUCUCCUGUGGCUCACGAAUAAUAUUGGCGCUGUCGAGGUAAACGAGGAGUCUUCUAAAGAUGAAGGAUGUUUGGAUCCUCCUUUAAUAAUUUACUUAGAUGCAGGAAAUGAAAUAGAAGCUUUAAUAAAAUCCGUCGAAACAAUUCGAAGACAGCAAAAAGACACGGAGGAUGCGCUACAAAGAGUCCAAAUUGUUAUGGAAAAAUAUGAGAAGCGCUUAGCGGAACUAGAGAGCAAAUUGCAGUCAACUGCGAAUCUUCAACAAGAUGAACAAACUCUUAUGGAAAUAAAUGGGAAGCGUUUAGCGGAACUCGAGAGAAAAUUGCAGUCUACCGCGGUUAUGGAACAACAGAAAGCUGAGCGCAAGCUAACCGCCAUACGUGAUUGUACGGAGGCGAAGGUGAAGAAUGGCGUUCGAUAUAAGGAUGGCAUAUACGAAUUACAUUUAUCGGGCUUUCGGCCGUUCAAUGUAUAUUGCCUGACUAAGUGUUUACCAGAAGACCCAGAAGAUUGCUAUCCGUGGACCGUAGUACUACGAAAUGAACACAGCGAUAAUGGUACCUUGGAAAAAAACUGGUCUGAAUAUCAAGCUGGCUUUGGAAACGCGAACAAUGAUUAUUUUAUUGGAUUAGAUCGCUUGCAUGUCAUGACAAAGACUUCACCCCACGCUUUAUUAGUUGGUGUUGAUUUUGAGUCGGAGCGAUUCUUUUACUAUGAUAAGUUUUCCAUCAGAGGUGAGAGGUCCAAGUAUGCUGUAGAUGUUUUGGAAAAUGGCAGAGGAGAUCCGGGUGUAUAUUAUUUUUCAUAUAUAAAAGACUUUGGGUUUUCUACCGAUGGGCACUGUGCAAUAAAGCAAAGACGGGGCUGGUGGUAUAAUUACUUUUGUGCUAUGGACGCAUUGAGGCGUCAAUUUUCUUAUUACUUUUACUUGGCAAUUCGGCCGAGACAUUCCGACAACCAUUAGAGAAAACCACAAUAUGAGAAAAUUAUUUUUUAGGUGGAAUAAAAGGUAUGGAUUACUGUACGCAUAUGUCUUUGGUGGAUGGGAUACGGAACGAUAAUUUAAAUAAGACGUUACGCUUCAUAAAAAAGCUCCCGUAAAGUUUCGUAUUUGGUGUUUGUUCAUUUGAUUAUUGAAAUAAAUUGAAAAUACAUUGAGAACU